GCGGAACUAAUGUGCGACACAACGUUCUACACGGGUAAAUUAGAGCGGCGCACCCAAACACUAGCCUAGAACUUCUUCACCCAUUAGUCUCCAGUGGUAACGUCAGUGUAACUCACCGCAGAUAUAACUUAUUAGAUAGCACUAUGCAGCUGUCUGUACAGAUGUUGGACUUUUUCAGGCUCCAACACUGAAAGCGUUGAAAGAACAUCAGGAGGACGCUGGUAGCAAAUGCUAACCUAGCUAGCUACACUGUUAGCAUCUCAGCAGCUGUUCCGUCCACUUGAAGGCAUCAUUGAGUCCUACGAUAGUCUAACGUUACACAGACUAACGGUACAUACAGUCUACGAUACUACAGAUAUCAACUAACGUGAAUAGUUAUUUAGCGUGCAGCGUGUGGUGGUGCUCGGUGAAUGAGACAGCAACUCCUCUUGGAGAGAGCAGAGGAGCUCCGAGUUCUCCUGUUGGAGCCCUCAGCAGACAUCAAGCUGGCGACCGUAGCAGCAAAGAAGGGCAAGAAGGCCGAGGAGGAGCAGCAGCCUGCACCACCUCCUGCAGCUGCAGCAGCAGCAGUGAAGGAGGAGGAGCCUGCAGCACCUCCUGCAGCAGUGAAGGAGGAGGAGGAGCCUGCAGCACCUCCUGCAGCAGUGAAGGAGGAGGAGGAGCCUGCAGCACCUCCUGCAGCUGCAGCAGUGAAGGAGGAAGAGGAUGAGUAUGUGGUGGAGAAGGUGUUGGACCGCAGAGUGGUGAAGGGAAGAGUAGAGUUCCUGCUGAAAUGGAAGGGGUUCUCAGAUGAGGAUAACACAUGGGAGCCUCAGGACAACUUGGACUGCCCUGACCUUAUCACUGAGUACAUGCAGAAUCACACGGAGAAGGAGGAGAAGAAGGAUGGCAAGAGGAAAGUUGUCAGUGAGGCCUCGGAAGACUCAGAGGAGCGAGGGAGCAAGAGGAAGGAGGAGGAGAAACCGAGAGGAGGAGAGGUACCCAAACGUCACCACUGUCAACACUGUGACAAAUCCUUCACAAGAUCUGGAUAUUUAAAGAUUCAUCAGAGAGUUCACACUGGAGACAAUCUACACAGCUGUGAUCAAUGUCGGGCAGCUUUCAUAGAAAAGAGAACCCUAAUAAGACACCAGCGCAUUCACACUGGAGAAAAGCCUUACAGCUGUAAUCAAUGUGGUAAAAACUUUUCUCAGAGUGGUCACCUUAAAUGUCACCAGCGUGUUCACACUGGAGAGAAGCUGUACAGCUGUGAUCAAUGUGGAAAAAGUUUUACUCGUAGCAAUGGCCUUAAAUUUCACCGACGUGUUCACACUGGAGAGAAGCCGUACUGGUGUGAACAAUGUGGGAAAACGUUUUCUCAGAGUAGUAGCCUUAAAACACAUCAACGCGUUCACACUGGAGAUAAACCUCACAGCUGUGAUCUAUGUGGGAAAACUUUUUCUAGGAGUGAACAUUUAAAAAGCCACCGACGUGUUCACACUAGAGAGAAGCCGUACUGGUGUGAUCUAUGUGGGGAAACAUUUUCUCUGAGUGGUCACCUUAAAAAACACCAGCGUAUUCACACUGCCGUGUUUCCUUUAGGAUUUUUUUUAGCAGUGGUGGCAGGUCCGAACCCCCCACCCCCAUGAAACAGUUGUUCUCAGUUGUGAUUUAACUGUAUUUUUUGAGUUACUAUAUAGGCCAACUUUGAGAUGACAUAUAGGCUAAGCAUUCUGUAGCAAAUAACAAUAAACCCACUAUUAAUGACAUUAUCUUAAUGCAGUGUAACUACUUCAGUGUGUAAAUAAUGCACCUAAAAUACAAAUGUUCUCCGACAUGCACUUUUAACAGUGCAGCCCUAUGUCUGAUACCAUGGGGGGCCGCCACGGUCAAAUCAACAUAGAGGAAACACUGCACUGCCUCGUUGUGAACAUGUUUCCGAGCCAAGCUGUUUCCUCCUGCCUCCUCCUCAUGCCCUGAUAGCUGUGUUGUUAUUUUCUGAUCUUCUCUCCACAUUGAAAGCUGACCAGCAGUAACUUUAUCUUCUGAACAGCAUGGAUGUUAUCCUGGCUAGGACUACACAUUACACUCCCUCCCUUUGAAGGGAUUUAUUCCACUCAAAAAGUUAGUCUUUGCCGCCGUCAUCUUGGGACAGACAACUGAUCUCAAAGACUCAGAAAAAGAAAGUUGUACUGCUUUUGGAAGUUCGUGUGAAAGAAAUGCUAAACUAAGCAACAUGGAAUAACAUUUCACGGAUGAAAAAUGUGUUUUACAAUAUUAUACUAUUACUAAAGUGUUGAAUGUAUUAUCACAAAACUUAACAUUAAUCCUUCUUUUAAAGGAACACGCCGACUUAUUGGGAAUUUAGCUUAUUCACCGUAACCCCCAGAGUA